AUGUUCUUCGUGUACUACGUGAGAGAAGGAACCACUGGGCGACUCUGGGACGCGAUUGCGACAAACGGAGAAAUUACUGGCGCUCACCCAACCAGUCCGAAGAGCAACGCGAGUCAAGAAAUGGUCCUUCAAAUCUUCGUUGUUGUUUUUUUGUUCACUCAGUUUUUGCUUGCUCCUGCAUUCAAAUUGGAGGAUAUUCUGACAGACCCUAAAGAACUGCCUCCGGAAUUCAGAGACUUUCUGUCGAACCUUACUGAGGCCGAUGAGACUCUUUUGGAAGACUUCGCCAAUGCUGGACUAAGUAACAGCGAUGAAGAUGUAGUGAACGCUAUUGCUGCACUCAAAAAGAAGUCACCGGAACUAGGAGCGAAAGUCGAGAAGCUUAGGAGUAUUUCAAAAGGCAAAAUUGCGGCCCUCGGACCUGAGGCGAGAGGUUUCGCCGAAAAGGCCGAAGAAAUCGGACGUGAAUUUAUGGCGCGGUUCUUCACCGACAAUAAACCAACCCUUAAUGACCUGAUAGCAAAAGCUGGUGAGAUUUUGAAACUGUACAAAGCUUUAUCCGAUGAUGCUAAGGCCGAGUACGGGAAGCAGUUUCCGCUUCUCUCCGAAGUUUGGUCAAGUGAGGAGACGGCAAAACUCAUUAGUGGCAGAAACUAG